UGUUCGAAUUAGGGUUAGCGCAGCCUGAAUGACAUGGAGUUAGGGUUAGGGUUAGGGUUGGCACUGUUCCAAUUAGGGUUAGUGCAGCCUGACCUGAUUGGAAUUAGGGUUAAGCGGGCAACGAGGCACACCUGUCGGCUUGGGACUACUAGAGGACGGGACCGUGCACGAGGCGCGCCAGGCCGAGUGGCGAAGACCAGACGAUGACAAAGACAUAGGGAGUCCGGCUGCGGGAGGCACACGGGGAGUUUGCACACCUGCUCCAUACACUAACACAUGUGCUUCACACAGCCCACAAGAGCCAGCGUUCCCAAUACUACGCACAGCACUCACACACUGCCAAUGCGUCAGACACAUUGACAAGGCUCGCCGUUCACGUGAAACACACGCUGUUCCACCGACAUGGCUGUUACUCACCCCUUUUUACACUGCACUCUGCACCAAAUACGCCGAGCGCCGGCUCGAGCGCCAGGCGCGCGGUGCACUUUCGUGCAAAACGCGAGCGACCACUGCUCUUUAUUCGGCCAUGACGGGCAUCGGGGAACACUUGCAAGCCCGUACGCGCGAAAUGUGUGCAUAAUAGCGCGGGAUCUUGUCUUCGGCGUCUUAUUUACGACGAGAAACGCUGCGAGAAAACACACUCGCGAGCGUGUCGCGGAAGCGCACUGAUUCGGCCCGGUUGAGUCUACAACGUUCUCAUGCUUGGUUUUAAGACCGGCCCACCAGCAGAGGGGCGGGAGGUUUCUGUGUGUUACACAGCGUAUACAGAGUCUGACUCGCACUGAGAUACUAGAGAUACUAGAGAGAUGGCAGAAGUUGCUCCCGCGCCCGCCGCCGCGCCGGCUAAAGCGCCAAAAAAGAAAGCAGCGUCGAGGGCCAAGAAAGCCGGCCCCAGCGUCGGCGAGCUCAUCGUCAAAGCGGUUUCCUCGUCCAAGGAGAGGAGCGGUGUGUCGCUCGCCGCCCUGAAGAAAGCCUUGGCCGCCGGCGGAUACGACGUGGAGAAGAACAACUCCCGCGUCAAGCUCGCUGUCAAGGGUCUCGUGCUGAAGGGAACUCUUCUACAGACCAAAGGGACCGGCGCGUCUGGCUCUUUCAAGCUAAACAAGAAGCAGACCGAAGCCAAGAAGCCCGCAAAGAAGACCGCAACUAAGGCGAAGAAGCCCGUCGCUGUUAAGGCGAAGAAACCCGCCGCAGCGAAGAAGCCCAAGAAGGUGGCGGCCAAGAAACCUGUUGCCGCUGCCAAGAAGUCCCCGAAGAAGGCAAAGAAGCCCGCAGCGGCUGCUAAAAAAGCCACCAAGAGCCCGAAGAAAGCGAAAAAGCCGGCGACUCCUAAAAAAGCAGCCAAGAGCCCCAAGAAAGCAAAGACCGUGAAGCCCAAAGCGGCGAAGCCCAAGGCUGCAAAGGCGAAAAAGACAGCGCCCAAGAAGAAGUAAACAUUUUUGUUUGUUUGUUUAUUUCAUGUCUACCUUAACUAAACGGCUCUUUUAAGAGCCAC